AUGCCGACUAUCUACGAAACAGACAAUCUCGACGAAGCUAUCGAUAUUAUUCAAGAUGAGAAUAAACGAUAUCCAUUUAUUUUACAUAAAUACGACAUUGGCCCGUGUCAAACGAAAUGGACGAGCGAUUAUCUCGAACAUAAGAUUGGCUCAAAGCCAGUACGAAUACAUGUUUCUCAAGAUUCAAUGAUGGACUUUGUUCGAAAGAAUUUCACCUAUGAAACGUUACCAUUCAAUAAGCUGGUUAAACGUUGUGAACGUGCCACAAAUGACGAAUAUUUUGUUUCACCUAAUGAACAUUACUACUUUCGAGCCUUGGGCGAUAAUCAACGAACAGAUAUUGCGAGUAUCGAAAAACACUUUCCGUCGAUUGCCGGUGAUAUUAAAUAUCCUCCAUUUUUUUCCUCGGAACAGUUUUUCUCCAGUGUUUUGCGUAUUGGCUCAGCUAAUACACAACUGUGGACCCAUUAUGAUAUAAUGGAUAAUAUUCUUAUCCAAGUUCAUGGCACAAAACGAUUGAUAAUGUUUAAGCCAAGUGAUAUUGAUUAUCUGUAUAUAGAUGGUGAUAAAUCGUUGGUCAAUGAUAUUGAACAGCCUGAUUUCGAAACCUAUCCACUUGUUCGUCAGGCAACCUAUUAUACCGGUACUUUACAAGCAGGCGAUUGUUUAUUUAUUCCUGCACUGUGGUUUCAUAAUAUCAAAUCCUUAGCUACGCACGCAAUAUCUGUGAAUGUAUUCUGGCGUCAUGUAAAUAUUGAUCUCUACGAUCCGAAAGAUCUCUAUGGCAAUAAAGAUCUCGUUCCGUUCAAUCGUACAAUAGGUCAAUUAGCAAAAUCUCUUCAUGAACUUGAUAAGCAACUGCCAGCCGUUUACACGGAUUUUUAUGCUCGACGUUUACGUAGUUACUUAGAUAACUACAUCCGAGAAAAUGAAAAGAAAAUCUCGCAGUAA